AUGGAUGUGCUUGGCGGGCUGAGCAGCGACGAGGCAGCACACAUAGCACAGGGCGACCAAGUCGACACCGGAUCAGCGGGCAGGCGGAGAUGGACUCGAGUCAGCAGGCGCCUGGAUUUGCAAUGGGGCCGCGCAGCAGCACAAAGCAAUGGCGCUGGACUGCUCCUGGGCAGGCCCGCUGACCGACACAGCGCCGGCGCCAACAAGGGGCCAGACGGCGAGAACAUUCCGAAAUCGAGCGUCACGAGGCAGGCCGCGCUCGCAUCAUCCGCAGCCCCGUGGCAAGGGGAGCGCGGCGGGUGGGGGAAGUGGUGCGCUGCCAGCGACGCGAGCAGACGCGGGAGGUUCUCGUUGUGCCGCCGCAGCGCGAGGAGGGGACCACAACAGAGCAGCGGCGAGAGCAAGCGGAUAAUCGGGGAAACGCGGCGGGGUCGCACGGCGCAGCGCGAGCCAUGUCGGUCAGCUGGGCUGCAGGCACGAGGGACCAAGGGCGUGGCGGCGGCCGCCACCGAGGGCGGGGGAGGAGCUGUGCGAGAGCGGCUCGCGCCUACAGAGCGCACAGAGCAGCAGAACGAACAGAACGUACAGAAAUGGCUGGCCACAGGCACCACGGACAGCGCAGUGCACAGAGGGCAGCGACAGGAAAAGCAGAGAACAGAGAACAGAACAGAGCGCCUUGCUGCCUCGUGGGGACGCUGGCUGUCUGGCGCGCGACAAGGUGCAGCGCCCCGCCAGGUGCUGGCACAAUGGGGCCUGCGAGCAAGCGCACCUGUGUCACGCAACGAGUGA